AUGGCGUACCCAAGCGGCGGUUGGGAUCCUCCUAGCGACAGCAAUUCUGGAGACAAUGGAGGUUUGGACCUGUCCGCUCUCGGUGCUUUCUCCCCGAAUGGCCAACUCCUGCGCUUGACGCCGGAGCAGAGGGAGCGUAGUCUGGGCCAACUCAGCAAGCCCUUGAGCGAGUUCCCUCAACCGCCAUUUUGGUUCAGAGAGAAACAGAAACAUGCCAUUGCCUUGACCCUCGCCCAGGCUGCGGGCGCCGCGGGCCGCCCGCUGACCACCGACGAGGCGGAUGCACUCGCAUACCAUCGUUCACGCGAAUCCUCCGUGCUAGCCUGGCGGACUCCCGUCUGGCACGGCUCUACCCUUUACUUCACCUGGCGCGGCUUAAGAACGUUCAGGUUCCCAUUCUACACUCCGAAACCAGCCUCGUUCAACCCGCACCACUUCCCGAACGCGUCGAGACCGAUCCUCUCCGGCAGACCGGCCAUGUUACUCUGGCAAUUCCUGCGCAUUAACGCUUAUUCAUUUAUAAUCUUCGGGGUAACAACACCUAUCUUUGUGUCCGUGGCCAGCUCGACCUACCUGGUCGGCGUCGCACAGGACCCGAGGCUCCAGGAUAUCAGACGUGCAUUGUUGGAGAGGCAGCGUCAAGAAGUCGCGAAAUUACAUGGUGCGGGAGCCGCGACGAGGACGAAUGCGACCCCCUCCUCAACGGACUCCGACAGGUUAGAGCAGCAGCGGCAACAGCCUCAGCCCCCGCGCUGGUCGCAGGGAACAUCAGAGCAGUGGCAGCGCCGCCCGCAGGCAGAGUCACUGGAGGACGACUCUUCCAUCUUCGAUGACGCCUCGCCCGUCGCGCCCUCAGAAAGGCGGUCCCCUCAACCCUCUGGCAUCUCUUCAAAUCAGCCCACCAAUAAGGGGGGAUCCUCUUGGGACAGACUCAGACAGCGCUCAAGGUCGAGUGAAGAUGCCUGGGAUCAAGAAGGUCAGGCCCAGGGCGAGUCCCGGGGUCAGAGGUCAGACCAAUACACGUAUUCGCAGGCCGAUGAAGAAAAGGCGUAUGCCAAAGAGAAGGCGCAGAAGGAGUUUGAUGCCAUGUUGGAGCGGGAGCGCCAAGGCGUGGGCGAGUCGGGCCGCCGCUUCUGA